AUGGCGGACCGCAUUAGGGAGAGAAUGAACCAGCUCCGCCUGGAGGCUGACGAGUCCGCUGCCAAAGUCGAGGAGUUGCAGGCCAAGGUCAAGGCCCUAGAGCAGGAGAACCUUGCGAAGGAGCAGGAGAUUACCUCGCUUUCUCACAAGAACGGCCUCCUGGAAUCCGAGAACGAAAAGAUGGACGCCACCAUUAAAGAAUUGAAGAAGACUGCUGAUGAAGGUCUGCAACAUGGUACGCACAACGAGACUCUCCAACGAAGACUGCAGUUGCUGGAGGAAGAAGCUGAGGCAGCCGACAAAACACUUCGUGAGACAAACGAGAAGCUACGCCAAACUGACGUAAAAGCCGGCCACUUCGAGCGCAAGGUACAGGCACUAGAGAACGAGCGGGACCAGUGGGAGACCAAGUACGAGGAGAUGACCAAGAAACACCAGGCCCUUCAGAAGGAGAUGGACGACCUCCAGGCGGAUCUUGGCAACAUCUAA